CAAGGCCUGAGCAGAGCACACAAGAGCUGGCUGGUUGGGGACACAGGUCCAGGCUGCAGCUGUGGGAAUGGCAGUGGGAGAAACUGAGGCAGGAGCUCAAUCUAGAGACUGAUGGUUGAAGCCUGACCUAUCUGGUAGUGUCCUGUCCCCCAGCUGGGUUCACUGCCUGGUUGCUAGGUCUAGGUGACUUCUGACAUAGAACCUAAAAUUCAGGGGCUGCUGGCCUGACUAAGGGGGCUUGACCAGUUUGGUGAGCCCAAGAGAGUAUGGAUGAGCAGGAGAGAGAGCUGGAGGAGGAGGAAGAAGAAGACGAGGAAGGAGGAAGCACUUCAGACACUGCACCCAUGCUGCCCCAAAGGUGUUCUGAUGACCAGACCUCACCACUGGUGUCUGCAGGGGAUGUGAGCCCAGAACCCCUCAGCUUGAGGACCUUGCGGUUAUCUGGGCAGGCCCUGGCUGGCCUGCUCCACCUGCUGCUGCCUGCUGCCAUUUUCCUGCUGGUGUUGCUACCAGCGGCAUCCAUUGUCUACCUGGGAUUCCUGUGCCACUCCAGGGUCCACCCGGCUCCCCUGUCGGCCUGUCGCUCGCUACUCUCAGACAGAGGCUCUGCGGCGCUCAUCGUGUCCGGCUUCCUGUCGCUGCCCCCGCUGCUCGUGCUCGCCUCGGCCGCCCGCGCCCGCCUGGCCGGGCUCCUCCGCCUCCUGCUGCCGCUGCCCAGCUGGAUCCCCGGGCGUCGCCGCUUCCCAGGGUCCGGCGACCCCGAAGGCGAGGAGCAACUCUGCGCCCGGGUGUGAACACCAGAAGCCCCUCCAAAUCCUGAGACACGCCCCCAAGCACCCCACGAACUGUCCCGAACCCGUGAGCAGCCGCCUUGCGCAGCGCUCCGAGUGGCCGCGAGAGAGCGUCCGACUCCCACACGGCCCGGCACCCCCCCCCCCAACCCACCACCCCCACCCCCCGCCUUCUGCCUGCGUACUAGAAGCUGGGAAGCUCCCAGUGAAAAGGGAGACGGGGCCGGACCAGGAGAAAGGCAACCUUCUCAGUUUAGGCCACUGUCCUCACAAAAGGCAGCUCCGGUGGGACCCUCUGUGAGCCAGCGGUCUCGGGCCAUUCAGACUCUGAGGUGGCAAGAUUCUGAAGAGCUGACAUUUUCACACUCGGCCAGACGCCAGGGUUGCAGAAGUUCAGCAGGGGCCAGCAGCUCUCAGUUUGCAGACUUGUCCUGAGGCCAGGUCAGGGCUCAGCCUGGUUACCAGGGUUAGCAUGUGACAGCGGCCAGGGCUCAGCCUGGGAUAUGGGUCAGGGCUCAGCAUCGGACAGGGCUCAGCAUGAGACAAGUGUCAAGGCUCAGCAUGGGACCAGAGUCAGGUGUCCAGCUGGUAUAGGGGUCAGGGCUCAGCAUGGGUUAGGAGUCAUCCUGGGGCAGGGGUCAAGGCUCAGCAUGGGACCAGAGUCAGGUGUCAGCCUGAGAUGGGGGUCAAGGCGCACUCAGCAUGGGGCAAGGUCAGCUUGAGGCCAAGGUCAGGACUCAGCUUGAGACCCCAGUAUAAGCAGUGGCUAAGGGCUCAGUCUAUUCUUUCUGGAUGAUAAGACGACUUUUUGUGAAGGAAAAUAACUUACUUUUUUAUUUGUUAAUGAUAGAAGGGAAAAAUGAUAGAAGGAAAACAUUACUCUGGCAAGUGUAGUGCCAGUGGUCAGACUGGGGACCGGGAGUCCAAGGCUCUGGCCACUGUGCCCCGUCCCUUUGGCACUGGGAGAUUUCUGUCCUGUUUCUCUCAUCCUUAGGUUACAGCUAGUUUCUAGAGCUUUUUUUUUUUUUUAAGACUUUUGACUUUUAAAAAUAUUUAUUUAUUCACUUCCUUUUUAUUGCCCUUGUUUUAUUGUUGUAGUUAUUGUUGUUGUUAUUGAUGUCGUUGUUGUUGGAUAUGACAGAAGAGAGGAGAGGAAGAUAGAGGUGGGAGAGAAAGAUAGACACCUGCAGACCUGCUUCACCACCUGUGAAGUGACUCCCCUGCAGGUGGGGAGCCGGCUACCCCGUCCUUGUGCUUUGCGCCACCUGCGCUUAACCCCCUGCACUACCGCCUGACUCCCUGUUUGAGCUUGUUUAUCUAGUUGGCAUGUGCUUUAUCCUGUUCCUGUGGAUUCAUAUCAGUACUAGUUCUAGAGAACUCAAAACCAUUCCCUGAGCCAGAUAUUAACCAGGCCCUGCCUGGCUUCAGGGAAUGAGCAAGAUCCUGCAUGUUCAGGGUAGUAUGGGUGGAGACUCAACAACUCAAUCCUUUCUUGCCUCAGUUCUGGGCCAACCCUUGCCACAACCAUGACUACAUGUCUGCAUUUCCUCUCCCUCUAGAAUACCUAUUCUCUCCUCGCCUCCACCCCAGUGUUGGGGUUUCACACAUGCUCAAUUUCACUGCUCCCAUGCCAAACUUUUCAUUUUUUUAUUUCAAAUAUAGGGGGAGAGGGAGACCAACCUCAGCAUCAGAGCUUCCCUUGGUUUCACAGUACUGUCAUGUGGUGCCAAGGAUCCAACCUGGGCCUCAUGCAUGGCAGAGCACAUGCUGAACCAGGUAAGCUAUGUUUUGACCCCAGAGAUACCUAUUUAUUUGUUUAUUCUUUUUUCUGCCACUAGAGUUAUUGCUGUAGCUAAAUGCCAGCACUAUCAGUCCUCCACUCUAGGCAGCCAUUUUUCCUUUUUUUUUUUUUUUUUUUUGUGGAUAGGACAGAGAAAUUGAGAGGGAAUUGGGAGAUUAAAAAAAGAGAGAGAGAGAGAGAAGGGGCCAGGCAUUAACACACUGGGUUAAGUACACAUAGUAGGAAGCAUAAGGAUCCCGGUUCAAACCAGCAGCUCCCCACCUUCAGGGGGGUCGCUUCACAAGCAGUGAAGCAGGUCUGCAGGUGUCUUUCUCUUUUCCUUUCUGUCUUGCACUCCUCAAUUCUCUCUGUCCUAUCCAACACAGAUACAAAAUGCAAAAAUGGACACCAGGAGCAGUGGCUUCAUAGUGCAGAUGCUGAGCCCCAGUGAUAACACUAAGGCUAAGAAAAAAAGAAUGAAAAAAAAAUAAAAAGAAUGAAAGAAAAAAAUGGGGGGAGAGAGGGCCGGGUAGUGGCACACCUGGUUGAGCGUGUGUAUUACAAUGCGCAAGGACCCGGGUUCAAGCCCCCGGCCCCCACCUGCAGGGGGAAAGCUUUACAAGUGGUGAAGCAGGGCUGCUAGUGUCUCUCUGUCUCUCUCCCUCUCUAUCACCCCCUCCCUCUUGAUUUCUGUCUGUCUCUAUCCAAUAAAUAAAGAUAAUAGUAAAUUUUUAAAAAGGGGGGGAGAGAGAAAGACACCUGGGGAAUCAGGUGGUGGCGCACCUGGUUGAGUGCACGUGUUACAAUGCACAAGGACCUGGGUUCAAGUCCCUGGUUCCCAUCUGUAGGGGGGAAGCUUUGUGAUUGAUGAAGCAAGUCUGUAGGUCUCUCUCUCCCUCUCUCUUUCUCCCCUCUCUGUCUCCUCCUUCCUCUCAAUUUCUGGCUGUCUCUAUACAAUAAAUAAAUAUAAUUUAAAAAGUAAAAAAAGGGGGGGGGUUGGGUGGUAGCACAGCCGGUUAAGCGCAUGUGGCCCAAAGUGAAAGGACCGGCUUUAUGAUCCUGGUUUGAGCCCCCGACUCCCCACCUGCAGGGGAGUCGCUUCACAGGCGGUGAAGCAGGUCUGCAGGUGUUUAUCUUUCUCUCCCCCUCCCUGUCUUCCCCUCCUCUCUCCAUUUCUCUCUGUCCUAUCCAACAACAAACAACAUCAUCAACAACAACAAUAAUAACCACAACAAGGCUACAACAACAAGUGCAACAAAAGGGAAAAAAAAAAAAAAAGGCCUCCAGGAGCAGUGGAUUCAUGGCGCAGGCACCGAGCCCCAGCAAUAACCCUGGAGGCAAAAAAAAAAAAAAAGGCUCACAGAUCUGCUUUAUUGCUGGUGAAGUGUCCCCCCUGCAGGUAGGGAGCAGGGGCUUGAACCCAAACCUGGACACUUGUGCAUGGUAACAUGUGCACUUAACUCACUGCACCACUGCCUAGCUUCCCCAGGAAUAUUUAUUCACCUGUUCUUCGAAUUUUUCACCCGUUUACUUCCUUGUCAAUGCAACUUUUUUUUUUUUUUUUUGGUGAGCAGAGGGGAGGAUUGCUGGGAUCAAACCUGGGACUUAAUAUGUGGCAAGCAUGUUCUCUACCACUGAACUCCAUUCCCAAUCUCAAUUUUAAUUCAUUAGUUAAUUAAUAAAUUAAUUGUAUUGCUACCAAGUGUAUGUGUAUAUAUAUUUUUGUUUGUUUGUUUGUUUGUUUUUACACAGAGCAUUGCUCAGCUUUGACUUAUAGUGGUGUGAGGCCUAGAACCUAAGACUCUGGAGCCUCAGGCAGGAGCGUGUAACCAUUAUGCUACCUACCUUCUUCCCUGGUUUGUCUUCUAAUUGGUUGGAACUCUUUGGCAGUCUUUCUCGGUGCAUGUUCAGAUUUUGGAUUCCAGCUUUUGUUUCUUAUAUUCUCUCCUUAACCUUUCCAAUUUUUUUUUUUCCUCCAGGGUUAUUGCUGGGCUCGGUGCCUGCACCAUGAAUCCACCACUCCUGGAGGCCAUUUUUCCCCCUUUUUGUUGCCCUAGUUGUUGCAGCCUCGUUGCAGUUAUUAUUGCCAUUGUUGACGUUGCUUUGUUGUUGGAUAGGACAGAGAGAAAUGGAGAGAGGAGGGGAAGACAGAGAGAG